CCCAUUUCCCCGAUUUUUCGCCGAUUUUCUCGAAUUUUUCGGCGAAAAAAAUGACAACAAACGUGCAAGAGGUGUACCACGUGGUUUCGCACCGUCCGAUAUACUUUUGGUCGGCAAACGACGUUGAUCAGUGGCUUCGGAGGAAACGGCCACGUUUUGCGCUGAAAUACGCUCAUUUCUUCUUGCGACACAAUGUUACAGGCAGAGUGCUCGUGGAGAUGUCAGAUGACGAUCUACGCGAAAUCGGAGUGGAAACUGACGACGAGCGACAGGAUUUGCUGCUGGAAAUCAAAAAAGAGAAGCUUUACAGCGAUUUAGACGAAUUCUCGAAGCUACGGACACCUCCGACGGCGAUUUAGCCUCGAAAAGUACCCCGGAAAACCUAUAAAAAUGUACAUAAAUUGCAUAUAAAAUUAUAAAAAAUAAAAAUCGCCAUGUUU